UGUACUAAAGACAGAGAUUUAAUUAUGCCUACAGAUGCGAUAACCCCCAUGAUCACGAUGAUAACUUUUAACGGUACUGAAUUGCUGUUACGAACAUACUCCCCGGUGACCUUGAGCCAGGAGUGGCCGAAGAUCAGCCGCUUUCUUAUUAUGCUCUUCUGUGCCUGUAUUGGGUCCAUCGUGAAUGGUUUCUUCUUGGCAGCUUUUUUCAUAGAAAGCGCAUUACAAAGAGCUGGAAACAUAUUCUUAUCAUGCGUUGGCUUGGCGGAUAUCAUGAUGACAGCAGGCGUGACGGCUGUGUCUGCGGUCGUCAUACUUUCUGGGCAGUGGGACACUCUUGAAAUCUGCAAGGCACUAUACUUUCUUGGCUUGUCAUCUACCUACUGCUACUGCAUCUUUUUCGUGUUCGUGGCUGUCGAAAACUAUUAUAGAAUUUGCCGUUCGCCUGAUGAAUACGCUGCGUUCCUGUCUAUACAGAUUGUCGUCGUAUGCAUAUUAAUCAUCGGCACGAGUAUGGGACUUGCUGGUGUUGGCGUUUACCUGGACCUAGACUAUGACUACUGCAAACGGGUUCAUUAUGGCAACUACUUAUUCCGGUUGGCCACGAUGGUCAUUCUGCAAGCCAUGCCUUCAGCCUUAACCGUGAUAUUCCUACUAAUUGCUUCUGCACAAAUCAAGCGUCGUGUUCGACUUCAUGCCCACUACAAACGGUCACUGCUCUACGAAAGCGAUUUGUCAAUAACUGCGGUUAAUACUACAGCUUAUCUGAUCUUCGUAUUAUCGUGGAUUCCUUAUAUAAUCGUCGUUCACCAAUUCCCUACAGCUAGCGACGCUGUUUUUUACAACAUGAUGGCUCUCGGCGUAUUCCGCUCCUCUCUAACCAGCUUUUUAUAUGGCAUGUUUGAUAGGAACUUCCGUCGGGCAUAUGGGCGCAUUUUUAAUUACUGCUGCUGCAAAAAUUCUCUGUCAAGUUCGUUUUCACAUCGGCACCGGAGAACAACGGAUUACAAAUCACCGCUCCGCGAAGUAAGGGUCCAUAUUAUGCACCAGGCCGUCACUUCGUCACAGCGAGGAGUUUCUUACUGGCGGGAGACUCAGGAACUUUAAAUACAAUAAACACAUGACUUUAUGAAACGAUCACAACGGCUACCGAGUAAAUCAUCUAUGACGGAUCUUUAAUUACUUUCAGACUACGCGAAAAACAAUGGACUAUUUCAGAUAUAUUACGCUCUUUUAAAAUAUUGCUGCUUGACUCAAAUGAAAAACUUAAAUUUAUAUAAAAUAUUU